AUGGGAAGAGUCAGGACGAGGAAAGAGACGGCGGAGAAGAAUCGAAAACGUUCACAGAAACAAGAUGAAACCCAUCCGUUACCUUUUAUACCUCGUGAACUGAUAGUAGAGAUACUCGUGAGAGUUCCAGCAAGAUCAAUAGCCAGGUUCAUCUGCGUUUCAAAACUCUGGUCAUCCAUAGUCCGCAGCCAAGAUUUUACCAAUUCGUACCAGCUGCUGAUGACUCGACGAUCUGAUCCGACUCGCCCGCGUCUUCUUUUCUCACUCUUCUGUCAGUCCAUGAACAUGCAGCAACUAUUCUUAUCCCAGCAAGAUCCAUCUUCUGAUCAUCACAAGGUAAAAAACAUAAGUAUGCGUCAUCCGACUCCUUUGUCGUAUGAAUUUUCAACACCCGUCCGCGGCUUGAUCUGCUGUCAAUAUGAUGGUAAUAAAGUGAUGAUUGGGAAUCCUAGCACGGGACAGUUCUUACCUUUACCAAGAAUCAAAUCUAGGACUAGGAGAAGAGAUAUAUUCUCCUUUUUUGGAUAUGAUCCCGUGAAUGAUGUUUACAAAGUGUUGUGCAUGACGGUAGUACUAGGACUAGGUGGUCCUCUAAGGCGUUGGUCAGGAUAUGUGUCCCAGGAGCACCAAGUUUUCACUCUAGGAGCUAAUCAAGAAUGGAGAAAGUUUAAUGUCAUUAAGCCACCAGCUGGCGGUGGGUUCCAAAACCUAGUGAACUACAACGGAAAGCUAGCUUUAGCAGCCAGGGAGGUUAACAAUACACUACUUCCACUGUGGGUUCUGAAAGAUGCCUGCAGCGAAACAAAAUGGUAUAGAUCUUUUGUCGCGUUUCUUUAUCCUUCUUGGCUAGAAUUAGCUGGGAAGGUUUCCUUCGAGCUCAGGGGUACACUUAGUACCGGCGAGCUUAUAUUUGCACCCCUCAGUCCCAUUAACCCGGUCCAUUUGAUCAGUUUUGAUCCCAAAAGAAACUUCGCCAAAAAAGUUGUGGUUGAAGGACUUGGAGAUAACUUUUCUUCUUUCAAAGUUUAUUUGGAUUAUGUAGAGAGUCCUAUGUUUCUCUUCUGUUAA